AUGGGGGAUCAGAGCACCCUGCAGGUCGUUGCGGACGCGCCCUUCCCCUUGACCGAGGUGGACAAAUGGGUGCUUUCGCAGUCGGACGAGGAUUACAAGCUUCACGAUUGGGACGACCUCGAGCACAUUAUCGACACAAAUGAUCUCUCCAUUUUGAAAAGAAAGCCCUCGGACCUUCGCCGUUACAUCUCUUGGACUGCAGAGACCAAGGCCAAGUAUGGCACCAUCACUGAAUACAUCCUCCAGAACCGUCUGCCCAAGGCAUGGGGCUUGCCGCCGUUCACGCCCGAAUCCCAAGUCCCCUUUGCUGCUGCGUCGGACUACAAGGUCCUGCUGAACGAUUGGCCUUAUGGAUUGGCGCCUGGGAUCACGCACAUCGUUGUGUGGACUCGCACCCAGAUUCCCACUGACCCUGAGUCGGGAGACUUGACGGUCGAGAGCAGAGCUCAGGUCCAGACGUUUGUCAACGAUUACUUCAUCAAGAAACUCGGGCUUGGAGGAGAGCAUCAGGUGCUAUGGUUCAAGAACUGGGUUGCCCUUCAGAGCGUGCGGACUCUGGAGCAUUUUCACGUGCUGGUCCGCGAUGUUGACGAUGAUAUGCUGGAACGCUGGACGGGAGAGCGGCCUCGACGGGAGUGA